AUGAAUCAGUCUAUGAAUCUCAUCAAUGAUGAUCUCUCUGCUGACCCCUGCGACAACUACACUGUGCUGGACAACGCUUGGAGAGACAUCAAUUAUAAUUCCUCCACUUCCCUCCGCAAGUGUGACGCAUAUGUCAAGUGGGUCGGCUGGUAUCGGCUAUACCUUAAUGGCCAAAAUGCUCGAAUGUCAGAAACAUGUGUUAUUAACUAUAAGUGUGGUACUACCUACCCACUGUGGCUAAGAGGUGGACACCCAAAACCUGAGGAUGGAGUGGUCACCAGACAUGUUUGUGGUCGUGCGGGCGGUUACUGCUGCUAUUUUCAGUCAUAUCCUAUUAGAGUCAAAGCCUGCACAGGUGGUUAUUAUAUCUAUGAGUUUGUUAAACCAACUGUAUGCAAUAUGGCAUACUGUGCAGAUGUUAGCAGUGUCAACUCCAUGAACACAACAAUCAGUUCAACAGAUCCCUGCAACAACUACACUGUGCUGAACGAUUCCAGAAGAUCCACCAAGUAUUAUUCUUCCUCCUUCAUGUGUGACAGAAAUGUCAGUUGGGUCGGCUGGUAUCGACUUUACCUUAAUGGCCAGAGUACUCGAAUGCCAGAAACAUGUGUUGCUGUGAAUAGAUGUGGUACUCAAAUCCCAAUGUGGCUAAGCGAUGAACACCCAAAACCAGAGGAUGGAGUGGUCACCAGAUAUGUUUGUGGUCAUAAAAACAAUUACUGCUGCCAAGAGUCAUUAAAUCCAAUCAGAGUCAAAGCCUGCACAGGCGGUUAUAAUGUCUAUGAGUUUGUUACACCAACUAAGUGCAAUAUGGCAUACUGUGCAGAUGAUCUCUCUACUGACCCCUGCUACAACUACACUGUGCUGGACAAUGCUUGGAGAAGCACAAACUAUUCCACCAAUUCUUCCUCCACCAAGUGUGACAGAAAUGUUAACUGGGUCGGCUGGUAUCGGCUUUACCUUUAUGGUCAGAACGUUCGAAUGCCAGAAACAUGUGUUGAAAAACAUAGGUGUAGUACUGAUAUCCCACUUUGGCUAAGUGGUGGACACCCAAAACCUGAGGAUGGAGUGGUCACCAGACAUGUUUGUGGUCACUUGAGGAAUUACUGCUGCCAUUAUGAGUCAUUUCCCAUUAGAGUCAAAGCCUGCACAGGCGGUUAUUAUGUCUAUGAGUUUGUUAGACCAACUGUAUGCAGUGCUACAUACUGUGCAGAUGUUGACAGCAUGAACAAAACCUACAUAAGUGUCACGCCAGCGAUCACCACAUCUGGUGUUAAGAACGCUAUUACCACUUAUACAACUGUCACACCAGCGAUCACCGCAUCUGGUGUUAAGAACGCUAUUACCACUUAUACAACUGUCACACCAGCAAUCACCACAUCUGGUGUUAAGAGCGCUAUUACCACUUAUACAACUGUCACACCAGCGAUCACCACAUCUGGUGUUAAGAGCGCUAUUACCAAUUAUACAACUGUCACACCAGCGAUCACCACAUCUGGUGUUAAGAGCGCUAUUACCAAUUAUACAACUGUCACACCAGCGAUCACCACAUCUGGUGUUAAGAGCGCUAUUACCACUUAUACAACUGUCACACCAGCGAUCACCACAUCUGGUGUUAAGAGCGCAAAUACCACUUAUACAACUGUCACACCAGCAAUCACCACAUCUGGUAAUGUAAAGUGCUGUUUCCUCCAUUAA